GACUCUAAGCUCUAAUGAAACGUUUAUAUAUUGAAAACCAUAGAAACCCAUUAUAUGGUGACGUGCACUCCAAUUCCCCCACACCCAAUAACCCAUCCCCCCUUUAUAUAUAACCCUUCUCUCCUCUUUGCACACUAUCAUCAUCAUCAUCAUCAUCAAGCUGCAGCCGCAACAACAACAUGUCUAGUAAUAGUUCCAGUCCCCGGAAUCAUAAUCCGUCGAAACCCGUUGUUGUUCGUGUUCCGACUUUGUCCAUCAACUCCAACGAUAUGCAUGGUUUAGGCAAUGAAGAUGAAAAGUCUUAUGGUUGCAGCAGCAAUGACAGUUUUGUACAAGGUUCAGUUUUGGUUCCUAGAGGGAAUUGCGGGGAUGGAAACGACAAGGAUUCGGUACGUGAAAGGCUUAAAAGACACAGAGAAGAGGUUGCAGGUAGAGUUUCGAUACCUGAUAAAUGGGGUAAAGAAGAGCUGCUUAGAGACUGGAUGGAUGUCUUCUUUUGAUUCAUUGUUAGCUCCCACUGGACUCGCUUCUGCUCGUAAAGCGCUUAUGGCUGAGGGAAGAAGUAGUUCUCAACGAUUCAUGGGGCUUGAAAGUAUUAAGCAUCCAACCUAAAAGGAAUUGGCGGGUUAUCAUUUCUGUUCAACCGCUUCUCGAUCAUAAUGCAAAAAUAUGACUGUUUUCAAGAUAUAGAUCACAGUUAAA